GCCUGGAGCGAGAGGGCAACGCGUGCAGAAGCAGGAAUCCGGGCUGGUGGACAAGUGGCUGGUGAGAUGUUCAGGAUGCACGUCCCAAUUUUGACAACAGACAUGAUCCUUCCAACUAGGUGAACAGCAAGCACUGCAGUCACCACAGAGCUCCUGCAUUUCACGCCUUGGUGGGGGGGGACACAGACUGCAAACUCGCAAACAGUGCUUUUUUAAAAUUUUUUAACCCCCCCCCCCAAAAAAAAAACUCCUCCCAGUUGAAAGGCUGCAGAGCAGAUCUCGAAAUGUCGAGGAAAAAGACACUUAAGAGCAAAAGUAGCACGUCUCCGAGCACCACCUUACCAGCAGGAAGAAGCAAAGAACAGGAGAAGUCGGCGAAAACCAACUCCGGGGCCCAGGGUCCGAUUAAUGGGGUGACCCUUCCAAACAGACCAUCCCUGAGUAACAGCAGCGAGUUUUAUGACAUUGCAUUUAAGGUAAUGUUAGUUGGAGACUCUGGAGUAGGGAAAACCUGUUUGCUGGUACGCUUUAAGGAUGGAGCUUUCUUAGCAGGAAGCUUUAUUUCUACAGUGGGAAUUGACUUCAGGAAUAAAGUGUUAAACGUGGACGGAGUGAAGGUUAAGCUGCAGAUCUGGGACACUGCCGGCCAGGAGAGGUUUCGCAGUGUAACGCAUGCCUAUUACCGAGAUGCUCACGCUCUGUUACUGCUGUAUGAUGUCAUGAACAAAACAUCAUUUGACAACAUUCAGGCUUGGCUGACAGAGAUCCAUGAAUAUGCAACGCAAAACGUGGUCAUCAUGUUACUGGGAAACAAGGCUGAUGCAACGCAGGAGAGAGCAGUAAAGAAAGAGGCAGGAGAAAAGUUAGCCAAGGAAUACGGGGUGCCCUUUAUGGAAACAAGUGCCAAAACAGGCCUAAAUGUUGAGCUGGCAUUUAUGGCCAUUGCAAAAGAACUGAAACACAGGUCGAUGAAAUCGCCAAGCGACCCCAAGUUCAAGCUCCACGACUACGUGAACUCUGAGAUGAAAGGCACAGGCUGCUGCCGCUCAUAACUUCUUUAGCUGUCCUGCUGACAUACUGGUACAAGACUGAUCCGUGUUCAACAGCCAGGACAGUUCUUCUUGUGGCUCUGCCAUCCUUUGUAAAGUCCUUGCAUGUCUGUACUUGUUGUCUGUACAUUUGACAAGUGGUUAUCCAAUGAGAAGACCUUGAAUUCAUGCAGAGGGUGUGUGGAAUAAAGAAGGUGUAAGUUAAAUGGUGUUAAAUCAGGAUCAAAUGACUAUACUUGAUUGUUUACGUAAUCAAAAUCUGCUUUUGCUGAGUAACAGUUUGUAUCAGUAGAAAAUCAAAAAUGUGUAGGACAUUAAAUGUACAUCAAUGUCCGUGAAUGUAUGCUGUGUAUAUUUUUUAAUCCUUUACCAAGCCAACUUUAAUUUCAUUGGGGGACAGUGAAGAGUCCAUGUCUGAAAAUAAAUCAGGACACUAGUUGCAAGGUGUAAUUUGACAAGCAAUUCAGCAAGUAGCUGAAAUACUGAAAACCUUUUUUUUUAAAAACAAUGUAGUUGGACUUGAUUAGAAUUUUAAUAAUAGUUGCAAGAUCUGUAUAAAGUGUUUUUGAAGUAACCACACCAGAGUGAACAGAAGUGAUGGUGAAUAUGAUUGAUAGGUCUGUUAAUUGUGUAGUAUAUUGCUUUUUGCAGAAAGUAAAGAUUUCAAAACUGUU